UGUUCUUAUGCAAUAUGAACCGAUUGAUGAAAUGUACCAUGCUAAUGUAUGUUAAAUGCAUCUGGUAUAUUGUCUAAUCUGCAGUUUGUGCUCUCUUUCAAAGGCUCUAGCGGUAUGUUUUCCAGCACGUGGGUAUUUCUCUAUUAUGUAAGCACUAGUAAACGUAGACCUGCUCAUUUUUCACGAAACAAAAAGUUAUUGAAUAAAUGUAGAUCGGUGUCUUUUUUCAAAGUACUCUCAACAGAAUAAGUGAGCUAAGUUGAGAAAAAUAUGCAGGCAUUCACAGUGAGAUUCGGAGAUUCGUAAUAAGCGACUGAGAUAUAGGAUGGAUACCGAGAGAAAAAUUUGGUUUACCUCUUUCGAGUAUUCAUAUGCCUGAUGUUCCAUUUUAUCAAGAAAAAUUACGUACUUCGAUGGAUAGGUGAGAGAUAGUGACUGACAUUUGAUCUGAUUUAUAUAAAUAUAGAUAAUUGUUUCUAUUUUUAACAAGAUAUUUUAUGAAACUGAAAGAAGAAAGUCCAGUUCAGAGAGCAAAUUGGUCUUGUACGUGCAUAAGUAUUUCAAUAUUUUUCUUCUUCAUGUCAAUUUUAAUACUAUUUAUAGUACAAAUUGAUGACAUUCUGUCAAAAAACUGUCACUUUCACAACGUUUCAAAAGUCGAUGAAAAUAUUACAUCCGAGAAUGCUGGUGAUAUUGUACAUCUCCGAGUCGAACGUCAAACUUUACGACGCCUUCCAAAAUCGAAAGAUAUUCUAUUUACAAUCAAAACAUAUCUGACGCCGAUGGCUGAAAUUGUCAAAGAUGUUGAUGUAGCGAAGCGACUUGCUUCAGCUAUUAGGAAUUGGCCACCAGAAGUGAUACACUAUAAGAGUGCCAAAUCUUAUAAAGAUCCGUUAUUGAAAUAUUUGGACAAAGUCACUGAUGCAAAACUGUGA